GCUGCGAAGGGCGAACGGCUGCCGGCCUCUUGGUCGGCCCUGGAUCCGGGGCGAAACAAGGCCAAGGAUUUGCCGAUCUCGCGGCUGUGGGAGACGUGGGAGGAGGAGGAGCACAAAUACCUGGGAACCAGCGCGGUGGAACAGGCCCAGCUGGUUGGCAAGUCUGGGCUGGCUGACGGCAGAUCCUCGUGGUCCCGACGGCUGCCGACGACGCUGCAGAAGAACGGCCAGGCCUCGACAGCGGUGCCCUGGAGCAGUUUGGAGGACCGAAGGCUCAUCCCGCCUAUACGGAAGCCGGUGGUUCCGACAAAGAUGCCGAGCGACGGCGAGUCGGAAGACAUCGCAGCCCAGGAGGACGAGGCGGAAGAGCUCACGCCCAAGUCUCCUAGCCCGGUCACGGCUCCCCUCGAAGCCGUCGUGGAGGAGUUGCGGGGA